ACGAAACUUUUGAAAGUUUAAAAACUAAUAAACGCAAAAAUGUUGAUACUAAGUUAAAAACAUGCAUAGAUUGUCAUAUACAAAUGUCAGCAAAUAAAAAACUAAAAAAAAAUGAACAACAAAAAGAAUCUAUAUUAACAAAUCAAGAAAACACGUUAGCACCAGAGAAUCUAGUAGAUUUUAUUUUUAAUGCCCUUCCAGCAAAUCAUGAUUCUGAUGAAUACUUGUUCGAAAGAAGAUUUACUAUGCUUUUUAAACCGUUAUUGGAUAUUUUUAAUAUAAAUUCAGAAACAGAAGAUCAAGCAAAUAAGGAAGUAGUGCAACAAAUAAUUAAUCUUAUUUCAAAAGCGGAUGGAUUUUCCUGGAUAUAUCAUAAAUUUCAAGUAUUAAAAAAUUCAUGUUCAUUCGUUUAUUAUUGUAACUGCCGCGAAGAAUUAAAAAGCAAAAAGGCAAGAGUUACUAAUAUUUCAAGUCAACGUGACACUAUGCCAAGAAUUAUUCGAUAUGAUUGUGGUGGUACAAUUCAAAUUAAUAUAGAAAGAACUCAUAACUUAGUCGUAGUUAAUAUCUAUUAUUAUCUUCACCCACCACCUGAAGCAAUAGAAGUUUCACAACAAAUCCGUAAUUACAUUUUUAAUAAUAAUCUAUUAACAGUUCCACAGCUUUAUAAUAACAUUAAAAAUGAAAAAAUUAAUGGAUUUUUAAAUGUUACUCGAAAACAAAUUUAUUAUUGGUUUAAAAAAAUUGCUACAGAGGAGUACAGAUUAGCAGAUGAUCAAUUGGAAUCAGCUCGACGUUAUUUAGAAAAUAAUUUAAAUUUCAAACUUCUUUAUCAAGAUCAACAUUCAAUAGCAUUUUUAACCCCUUUGCUAUUUGUAAUGCCAAAUAAAGUUACAAAAACAAUUGUCGUUGAUUCUACUUAUGGAACAAACCGUUUAAAGUUUGAAUUAUUCGCAGUUCUUGGAAUUAUAGAUG